AUGAGUAACGCGCAAGACGUAAAGGUCGGCCACACUGUGGAGAACCUCCAAGAUCCGAUCGGCGCCUUUGAUGACAUCAAAAAAGAUGUGGAAGCCGAGGUUCAUACGGAAAAGGAGGGUGAAUCCCAGGCCGUGGAUGAAUUGGUCGCAGCAGCCGUCGAAGAAACCGACGAUCCUGCUACUCCCGUCAUAACCUUUAGGUUCAUUUCUAUGAGCAUCUUUUGGGCUGUCGCCGUUUCCGGGAUCAAUCAGUACAUGUGGUUCCGUGCCUUGCCCAUUCAGCUUCAAACUGUCGCGGUCCAACUGCUUUCCUUCUUUAUGGGGAAAUUUUUGGAGCGAGCCCUGCCUACCACCAAAUAUCACCUCCCACUCAUUGGUGAAUGGACUAUGAACCCCGGUCCGUUCAACAAGAAGGAACACUGCCUCAUCAAUGUUUUUGCCAAUGCUGGCUUCCAGAGCGCUUACGCUGUCGAUAUCGUUGUUAUUCAACGUGCUUGGUAUAAACAAAACUGGGGAGCAGCGUACGGAAUUCUUCUCGUACUCACGACACAAAUGUUUGGGUAUGGUAUUGCUGGUAUCUGCCGAAAUAUCCUUGUGUACCCCCCGUCCAUGAUCUGGCCGACCAACCUUGUCAGCACAACAGUAAGGGCAUUCGAUAUUUAUGGCGGACGUCAACGAUUCUUCGGGCUUGUCUUUGCUGGCGCUUUCAUCUGGUACUGGUUUCCAGGAUACAUUAUGCCCAUCAUUUCUUCCCUUUCGAUUAUGUGCUGGUUCGCACAAACAAACCCUAUUGUGGGAAAUUUGGGAUCAGGUAGUUUGGGAAUGGGAAUUGGAAACUUUACCCUCAACUGGUCUCAAGUCAUUGCUUACUUGACGUCGCCCCUUGCCUACCCCACCUUUGCCAUUGCAAACAUCUUGGUCGGUGCCCUUGCCAUCUUCUGGGUCAUUACCCCUUGGAUGUACUACACCAACUUUUGGGACUCCAAGCUCUUCCCUAUCCUCUCUUCUGGCAACUAUGCCGUGCUCAAGAAUGAGACAACCGGUGAAAUCUACGACAUUGACCGCAUUUUGACGCCUGAGAAGACGCUCAACAUGACCGCGUACAACGAGUACUCUCCUCUCCGCCUCUCCACUGUUUUUGCUUUUACCUACGGAGUCAGUUUCGCUGCCCUUACUUGCAUCUUCACGCAUGUCCUUCUUUACAAUGGAAAGGAUAUCUGGCAACGAUUCCGGAAAUCCAGGACCGAAGAUGGCGACAUCCACAACAAGAUGAUGAAAGCUUACCCUGAAGCCCCCCUGUGGUGGUACUUUUCUCUGUGGCUCGUUACUUUGGCCGUCAGUAUCUUUGUGGCUGAAUAUUGGGAGACCCACUUGCCAUGGUGGGGUGUAAUGCUUGCGGCUGCCAUGGCCAUCAUUACGACGAUCCCCAUCGGUAUCGUGACCGCUACGACGAAUAACAUGCCUGGAACGAACGUUAUCACCGAGCUUGUUAUUGGUUAUCUCUUGCCCGGGAAGCCUAUUGCCAACAUUCUGUUCAAGACCUACGGUUAUAUUGGACAAUACCAGGCAAUCACCUUUUUGCAGGAUCUAAAGCUAGGACACUACAUGAAGGUCCCUCCAAGAGCCAUGUUCAUUGCUCAAACGGCUGGAACGCUUGUCUGUGGCAUUAUUCAAUACCUCGUUAUGGAUUCCAUUAUGACCAACGCAAUCAAGGAUGACCCAGCCAAUAUGUCACCAAACUCCCAGUACCCUACGCCCAAUGCCCAUGUGUUCUACUCAGCAUCCGUGAUUUGGGGUGUCAUUGGACCUAAUCUCAUGUUCGGUCCUGAAUCGCUCUACAGCGCCAUGUAUUGGUUCUUCUUGAUUGGCUUUUUGCUUCCGAUCCCUGCUUGGCUGCUCCACAAAAAGUACCCCAACUUUGGCUGGGACAAUGUUCACUGGCCCGCCAUUCUGAACGGCACCCUCUUGAUCCCCCCAGCUGCCCCCGUCAACUAUAUUACCUGGGGUAUUGUCGGUAUCACAUUCAACCACUACAUUCGCAAAAACCGGUCGCGGUGGUGGAAGAAAUACAACUAUGUGCUGUCUGCUGCCUUGGAUUGUGGAACCAUUGUCGCAACCCUUGUCAUUGCCAGUCUGUUACAAAACGGAUCCUACAAGGCCGACAUGCCGGAAUACUUUGGCAACAGACCGUUCCUAGACCCCGCCACGGGCGAUACUCAAGAAUACUGUCGUAUCGAUCACGGCGACCUCCUUUAG